UCCAAGCUGUGCGUGAUAAGCUGUGGACCUUCCUGGUUCAGUCUUUCUAUGCUGUUCGUCACACAGAAAGCUGGAAACUGAUGCACACAGAUGAUCAGCAGAAAAUCCAAGCAGCUGCACUUGACAAAGGUGAUGACCGAAGGCUUGGCAGGAAGCCUGUGCUCUCCAGCUCGCAGCAAAGGAGACAUGGUUCUGAUGUUGAUGCUGUAAAAAUAAAACCUUGGACAGAAAAUAAAAAGCCGUGUUGGGCGUAUCACUCUACUAAUCAGAAGAUGAGAUCUGAUGGAUUGGGAGCAUCAGGACAUGCAUCAAGCACUAACAGAAACAGUAUAAAUAAAGCCUCCAAGCAUGGUGACAGUACAAAAAUGUCCAAAGUUAUGAAAGAGGUGAAAGCUGGGGGGAAACAUAUCUCUGGCAAGUCUAAAACUACAGUAAAGCCCCAAACAGAAAACAGUGAUCAUACGAAGUUAGAAGGUCUGUCAUCCACAGUUGUGGGAAGACCAGCAAGAGUAGCAGCAACUGGACGGAAGGACCCAGUGCAUGGAAAAGGAAUCCAGAACCAAGAAAGGGAGACCACAGGAGCCAGGCCCAAGGCACUCACUGCAAACCUGAACGUGCAAGCCAGAACCAAGCCUUUACAAACACUGAGAGAGAAAGAUUCCACAUGCCCCGCCACUGUGGGGCCCUCCAAUAGAUCUACAAAUUCCAGCACAGAGCUUCUGGCCUCCACAGGCUCUGUGGAUGAGACAAAAGAAAAUGGAUCAGUAGAAGACAAAUCUUGUGAUGAGAAGCCGUACGUUAGUGAUUCCCCAGGACCGACAGUAAACAAUGGAGUAAUGUCAACUCUAGCAGUAAAGUCUCGACCAGUUUCAAGAGUUACCAAUGGAACAUCCAAUAAAAAAAGCUUUAUUCAUGAACAAGACUCUCACAUGAAUAGCAGUGUAAUAAAAAGAGGGAAUGGCAAAGGACUUAGUGAUUCAGCACCACAGACAGCUGCGAAGAAAAGAGGGAGCAGCAAUGGAUACACAGCAGCUCAGCCCCAGACAAAGAUUGCUCCUCCCACCCUGGCUCAAACUCAAGGAUCCCAAGGAGAGUCGCCGCACUCGGUAAAAUCUUCAGUCUCUUCAAGGCAGUCUGAUGAACAUGUGACAAAGUUGAGGCAUGGUACAGAGAAGCAGAUACCUACGAGGAAAAUUGUCAAGCAAGGACACACAGCUUUGCAGAAGGUUAAUGCAAAGCUGGUACCAAUGCCUAAAAGCUCAAGUCAGCCCAAGAAAGGUGGAACUGUGAACAGUAAAGACUCAAAACAAAAAGUGCUUCCUGGACAAGUCAUGCUGCAGAGUCAGCGACCUUCCAAACCUGAGGCGGCCACCACACAGAAAAGCGUGCUUCAUGGUAUGAAUGACAGCAAGAACCAUGUUUUUAAACAGAGGUCUCACGAGUCCAUGGUUACCCUUGCUGGUGACACCAGUAGUCCUGGAGCAUCCCAGUCACCCUGCAGACCUCGGCCACAAAGUCCAUUAGGCAGUCAAGAGAAAAAGAGACUAGAGCCAGAAUGCCAAGCUAGGUCAACCCCGGGUGACUCAGUAAAUCCUGAGCUGAGGGCAGAAGUGAGUAGCAUAGAGCACAGUCACACAUCUGAUUACAAAGACACCAGUCAGUGCACUUGGAAUCCAAACUGUGGGAGCAUCGCUGCUCUGACAUCUAUGAUUUCAAAUCCAAAUGAAAACUUGAUAAACUCUAACAUAGUUCAUGAUUCAGACUCAGCAAAUGCAGACCAAGUCUAUUUAUCAGAUAGAGAGAGACAAGCGGGGAGGAAAAACAAAGACACUGAACCAAGUAUGAAUUGUGUGAACGGGAAAGCAGCUUUACUGUGUGUUCCCAAAGGGACAAAUGGUACCCAAAACUCUGCACAAGAUGACAGCAGACUCACAUUUCAUGUAGAAGAACUGGCAGCUCAAAGCCAGUCACCUGAUGACUGUGCUACAGAGUGUAGUGAAUGUGCUACAGUCACCUCAGCUGUUUCUUCAAAAAGUGUUUUGGGACAACCAUCAGAAAAAAAUUAUAAAAAUAUGGAAACAUCAGAAACCCCAGAGAGCCAGGAAACUCUGGACGCUCCAUUCAUGGGUCCCUGGGAUUUGAACACCAGUGCCACACAUCAAAGAGAGAGUCCAGAAUCCGACACUGGUAGUGCUACCACUUCUUCAGAUGACAUAAAGCCCCGCUCAGAAGACUAUGAUGCUGGGGGAUCUCAGGACGAUGAGGGCUCACACGACAGAGGCAUCUCCAAGUGCAGCACAGCGCUGUGCCAUGACUUUCUCGGGCGAAGCAGCAGUGACACCAGCACCCCUGAAGAGCUGAAGGUGCACGAAGGUGACCUCAGAGCUGAAGUCAGAGUGAGAAAGCAGGGUGGGGGUGACCUCCAGACCCAGUCAGCAAGUGAUGACGAGAUCCCUCGGAAGAAGCCAGAACCUUGGUCUCGAUCUACAAUAGUCUAUCCCAGGGAGAAGGGAAGUGCUCCUCGGGGUAGCAUCCCAUCUGCUCAGGAAGUAGAUCAGGUUUCUUCUUCAGCAGACGAAACGGAAGAUGAAAGAUCUGAAGCAGAAAAUGUUGGGGAAAAUUCCUCUCCAUCCAACUCAGGUACUCAGCACAUCCAGGGAAUAAUUAACUUAGCUUUUGAAGAUGGAACUGAACAUGAAAGUCGUGAGUUUUCUGCAACUAAGAAGUUCAGAAGGUCAGUGUUGCUCUCGGUGGAUGAGUGUGAGGAAGUGGGGUCUGAUGAAGGUGAAGGCCACACCCCCUUUCAGCCCUCCCUAGAUUCUCUUUCACCGUCUGAUGUUUUUGAUGGCAUUUCUUAUGAGCAUCAUGGAAGGACAGGCUGUUCUAGAUUUUUCAAAGAAAAUGAAGCUAUUGCUACAGAGCAUAAACAUAAUAAAGGUAAUGAUGGGUGUAAAAAUGGAAGCUUUCUUCUGAGUCCUGGGAGCAAAGACUUCCCAAGACAAGAUAAGCAGUGUGUCUCAACAGAUCAGAGGACCAGGUUAGAUGGCUCGCCCAAAGGAAGCCAACAACUUUUUCCAGAAGAUGAAGAAGUAACUAGUAAACAUGUGGUAGCUCACGACUUUCAGCAGCACAGCACGUUCAUAGAUGGGGACACCAAGUCUCCAGAGCGGCCAUGUCACUUGGAGCUCCAUCAGAGAGAACUCGGCUCCAGCAUACCAAAGAUCAGCUCAACGCAAUCUCUAGCCUCCUGUCCCAGCCAGGUGCUGCCUCAGGAAGGUCAAGUGAAAGAGAGCCAUCCUGUACCUCCCAAGAGAGCUAAUAAUGCUGUGUUCUCAGGAGACAUAGAUGAUUGUGAUACAAUGGCACAAACCUCCAUGUAUGACCACCGGCCUUCAAAAACCCUCUCUCCAGUAUAUGAGAUGUCUCUAACAGCAGCGUGUGAGCAGAAAGUGGAGUCAGAAACCCAUGUCACAGACAGGGGCUCUGAAGACAAGCAGCACUUUGCAAAGCAGGACUGGACACUGCUGAGGCAGCUGCUUUCUGAACAAGAUGCAAACUUAAAUGUUACAAGCUCCCUGCCUGAAGACCUAAGCUUAGCCCAAUAUUUAAUCAACCAGACACUCCUCUUAGCUCGAGAUAGCUCGAAACAUCAGGGUUCAGCACACGCAGACACUUGGAACAGGUGGAGUGAACUGUCGUCCCCACUUGAUGAUUCGACAGCAAGUGCCACCACGGCUAGUAUUUCUUCCAUAGAUUGUUCGCCUCAAGGAGAGUGGACAAUCCUGGAAUUGGAAACUCAGCAUUAGUAAUCUCAACAGUCGGGAAGGAUUUAGACUACGCCACCCCUAUAUUUUUGAUGCCUACUUUAUAUUUAAAUUAUAAUUUAGUUAGCCAAAUAUAGACUGUCUGUAAAAUUGAUGGAGUCUUUAAUUUAUUGAGGUAAAUAUAGCUUAUUUAUUAAUAUGUCUCAUGUUUUGAAAAUGUUUUUCUAAAUUUAUGAGCAUGUUCUCUACAUCAAUUAGACUAGAAGGCUGAAGAAAGUCUUUGCUACAGUUUUCUUUCCUACCUAAUAAUUUGUUCAUUUAUUCAAGAAUUUUCAUGUCAGUACACAGGUAGAUCAACCCCUUUCUCUUGACUCUGCAUAUGGUACCAUAACAAUUUAACAAUAAACUUACUGUGUGAGUGUGUA